GUGUAAGCGAUUCGAAGAAGAUAAGAAACGAGAGGCUAAAAUUAGUUCUUACUGCCCGAUAGGCCCCCUGUCAGCACCCGUGAUAGGUUCCAGCCACCUAUUUCUUCUCUGUCGCCAUCUGUUGCCAUCUGUUGCCAACUUACAUGUUUUUUGAAUUGUGAUCCAGCUCGAUGGCCCCCUACACAUACGACGGUAACUGCCAUUGCGGAUUAUUCCGAUUUGAACUCCGCCUCCAUCAGCCCCUGGAGACGGUGUAUGCUUGUCAAUGUGAUCUUUGUUCGAAGAAAGGGUACCUCUGGCUCUUUCCCGCCGAGGAUGAAUUUGAAAUCCGGCGAGGAGGCGGGGAGGUCGCCAGGUACCGCGCCCAGGCCAGCCAUGAGGAGCACUUUUUCUGUCCCACGUGUGGUACGGGGAUUUUCGUCAAGGGUCAUAAGACCCCAGCGGGGGGGAUUGGCAUGGGCGUCAAUGCUAGGGCGUUGCUUGAUACCAACCCGUUCGAGUUUAAAGUGGAAAGUUUGGGCGAGGCGUCGCAUGCUUCUGUAACCAUCAGCGAGCCUACACUCGAGGUUGGAAGCGAAGGCUGGAAGGUCUACACGGGCGGCUGCCAUUGCGGUGCGGUCGGGGUCACCGUCCGGACCAAGCCAUUGCCCGAGAUCGAAGUCAAGGAAGAUAAUUGCAGCAUCUGCCAGCGGAAUGCCAAUGUAUGCAUCUAUCCCGACCGAUCUCAGGUCACUUUUCAGGGCGAGGAGAACUUGGUGGAAUACCAGUUUGGCCGGAAAUUCACGGGCCAUCGAUCCUGUGGCGUGUGCGGUGUGCAGGUGGGCAUGAAGCUGCACGGACCCCCGCAAUCGGUGGUGGAGCGGCUACCGGCGGCCAAGCAGGAGAUGAUCCGGCAAACCCUGGCCAUCACGCCGCUCCGUGUGGGCAUCCUGAACGGGGUGGAAUGGUCGGACCUGAAGAUCCAGCGAUCGGAUGAGGGCACCAAGGGAUACGUAGUGGACAAAGACCGCUAGCUGGCAUAUUUGGUAGAUCAAUUGACUUGAUGGUCUUAUCGUCACGGUCCGUGGAUCCCCUCUAAUCGGGGGCCGCGUGAUUGGGCCCUUGCAUCCCUGGGCCUCAGGCUCCAUCCCCAGCCGCCCCUCCUCCUCGUCUUCUCCCUUCCCCUCUUCCUACUUCUCCCUGCCUCCUCCUUUUCUCCCCAGUCCCUCGUUCAAUCGAUCGUUAUCAUUAUCAGAUCUCAAGGAAUGCCCUCUGUCGCAACCGACGGUCUAUCCGUCACCCACGCCGCCAAACAGUCAGGUCCUCCAGACCUCCGUCUGGUCCACUACAAUGACGUGUACCACGUGGAGGAAGGAU